CCAAUGCCUGGUCUCCAUUGGCCCGUCGCCCACGCCUCUUCUCCCAAACCACGUCCAAUCCACCACCAUGGACCCCAGACGCCCUCCGUCAUAUCACGCACCACCAUCAACCACUGACCAGACCACCACACUCAACAAGAGACAGUCCCCCAGGCUGCUGCGCCCCUUGGCCUCCUAUCUCAGUCCGCAUCCAGCUCUCUCGCUGCCGCCAACCCUCCACCAACCAGCCCGCGUUCCCUGUGCGCCGCCCUGCCAAGGUCCAUACCGCGUUCAACUUACCGUCCAUCUGCCGCACAAUCCCGCCAAGCAUCGUAGGGCAGCUUUCUGA